AUGUCGACGAUCCUGUUGCAGUGCGUUGGAAAUUGCUUCCACAGAAGGAGAAUUCGCACAGGUUCGUGCUAGAGUUUCCCACGUGGAAAAAAACGUCAUUUCAAUCGUCGAACACUCCAGCAAUUUAUCAAUUGCCUUCCCUGCAACGUCAAACGCUCGAGCGUCUUCUUUCUCAUUCCCCUUUCAACAGUCUGAGAAAUAUAACAGAGAAUUGUUUAUUUGUGUUCUUUUUAUAACUCAGAUUACCGAGCUAGCCGUUUAUAAUAUUAUAAACGUUUCAAUUUCUGAACAAUUUCAUAAGAUUAUGGAAAGUGUGGUGAAAGAUAUAAAUAUCGCGACUUAAGUAGUAUAAACUAAAAUCAAAAAGAAAUCCUAAUUUAGUGGAUUAAUAAUUGUAACUUUUCAUGGAUUAUUCUGCAGGAAUAUUCUGUUCCGUGAUUCAAGUGGGGGAAAAAAAUUUUUUUUUUUUUUUUUAAUUAAUUCUAAUGAUAGAAAUUUUCUGCUCUAUUGCAGGUAUGCACUGCCUAGGUGCGGUGACAGGAGGCAUUCCCAGCCCAAAUGGGGCUGGCGGUCGGGGUGGCAUUCUUAGCGUGUUCCGAGCUCUUGGAGUCCUUGUAUGUGAAGGGAGGAUUCAGGGCCCUCCACGUGGUUACAAAGAGGGCCCACAUUGCGCAGCGCCUAUGCAAACGGUGCCUAACGACCACGUGUGCGAAGAAAACAAUUACUUGUGCGAUCGGUAUCUUGUGCUGGUUCGAGAGAUCGCGGACCGUGUUGCAAUUGGUUCGUUCCUGUGCAUCGAGGUAGUGUUGUGCAGCGACUGUCCAUGCGGUUUGACCAAAUCUAUGAGCAAGAAUCCGAUCUGCACCGUGCCGUCCUUAUCAAUCUCACCAUGGCAACAAGCUUCCGAGAUUCUGUUGGAGUACUGGUGUGUCUGCGUCGUUCCCAGCAAGGGUCCAGAGACGAUGAAUUUCUAUGGAUUAUAUCAGGCAGUUCGUUCACGACUUCACUUCAGCCAGGUCGCCGCUUGGUGGUCCCGAAGCAACGGCAAUGAUCCCAGUUACAUCAUGACGAGGGUAGUGCCGUAUAACGAGGAUAAUCUGAGAAAAUUCCGGGAAUCUCCAGUGGAGCACACGUUCCCUUUAGCUGGCCAGGGCGAUGGAAAUUCCAUAAAAGUCACCGUGUGGGCAUUGCCGAGGAUGGAAGAGGUGCCGAUUCUCACCUGUCCGUUGCACCCGAUCAAAGAGAAGGACGAGGAGGGUGUCGCGAGGGCUUUGACACCGACCAAGGCUAUCCCGGUUCCAACCGCCGCACAAAAUCCCGAAGGCCUCGUUUUGCCUGCUUUGGUAGACGAUAGACUGCAAACACCGUGCAACAAACCUGGGAAGCACCACUGUCCCUGCGACGAGGAGGACGUUCCACCGCCAUCGCCGGCGAUCUCGCGGCAAAAUCGCGAGAGAAAACGUCGCCGAUCUCUUCCUUGUGGUCCAACAGACGCCAACAUCUGCGUGACAGUCCAACCGAUGCCGCUGCCCUCGGUACAGGAAAGCGUUACUCAAGAAUCAAACAAAGAUAACCACAGCUCCAGCUACCCAAAAUGUUCCUUCGAGAUUACGAACAAUCGCGGCGUUAAAUGUCUGCAAAAUCAAUACUGCAAAUUAGAGGAGAACAGCAUCAAAAACAGGAAGAAUCUGAACGCGGACAAUCUGGAGCGGUGUUUCAAGACGCAGCUAAACAUCGACAGCCGAGAAGGGAACCUAGAGAAAAGGUACAAACGAACGAUCGACGAUCCUGAAUCAAAAUCGAACUGCAAGGAGAAACAGUGCAAUCUGGAGAAGAAGCAGAAAGACGCGGAGAUCAAAUCCACGGAGAAGAACGGGCUGUUCGAGAAUCUAAUUCAGCCGUUCAAUUCGUCGUUGCCAUGGUCGUUCGUCGAAUCUUGGAACAAUAGCAACGCGAGUGGGAAAUGCGCUUUCCAGAGUUUACGUGGCAAUAGGGAAGCAUACUUCAACGACUCCGAGAGAACCUGUAAACCGCCAGUUAGCAAGGAUUCGAGCCUUGUGAUCAAUCCCUUUAGGCAACCCAGUCCUUUCCACGAGUCAAAUCCAGGCCCCUCGACGAAUAAUCGUUUGAAGCAGGAUUCGAUAAACUCCACCUGUAUGGUGCACCAGAGUUGUGUCAAGUCGUCGAACAAGCUGUCGAAUCCAGAAGCAGUAUUGCCCGGACGGGAAGCUUUGGACGCGGAUUUGAACAGAGGCGCAAACAACAAAGGGAGGUGCAACAAGGAUCUGAGUCAAUUGAUAUCGAAGCUGUCGUUUCCUGAUGACAAGGAGAGAACGAAGGAGGAAGGUGGCUUCUUGGAUUGGUUCAGUAAAGUUCCCGGACGAGUCCUCGGCGUCUCGACGCCGAAUAACAGCUACACGGAGAGCAAGGUGAAAGCCACGAAUCUGAAAGGCCAGGAGCAGCACGGGAACGAGGUGAGAUUCAAGAAUUGUAACUUGGAGCUGAGUCAACAGGAGUUCGACGAAGUUCUAGCUGUUUUAAGAGCCAGGACACCAUCUGAGCGCAAGAGGACGAAUAUCAGGACGAUGAAAAGGCGCGAGAAGUUGGAGAAAGCAGCGGAGGAUAGUUCGGAUAAAUCGGUGGCGAAGUUCGUGAGUUCGGAGAGCAACGAGUGCUCCCCGAGUACCACGAAUAAUAUAGUGAAUCGUGCGAAGCCUUGCGAGGGUUGUAAUCAUAAAUUGUGCAGGAAGAACGAUCAACAGGCGUUGGAGAAGGCCAACUUCGUCGAUAUCUACGGUAACAAGAACAUCUACAACCCGCAGAAACGCGAGAAACUGAAAGGCGUUGGAUCGAACGAGGAUCUACAGUCGACGAAAUGUAACAACUCCGAGAAACGAACGAACGACACGGUGGACUGCUUGCAGAACGUCUCGAACAAGGCGGACAUACUAUUGGGAGCAAUUUUGCGUACCACCAAGGACCGAAGGAGCCAGUCAGAGGUCCCCAGUGAGACCAAGUCGAGGCUCGCGUUACCAAUGACCAGCAACGAGAUGGAAACUAACCAGAACAACGUCACCGGCGAAAAAUGUCACGAGCAGAGACUGUCGUUGGAAGACGAGAAGUCUCUGCCGAUGGCGUUCAACAAGAGGUUCAAUCGGUUUCGACAGUUGUUCAAGAAGGAACAAGAGAAGAAGUUAAUCGAGGACGUUUCGCAAGACGUGGUCCAACAGACGAGUCAACGUUCGUUCUUGUACAACAACGUCCACCCUAAUCUGCACGAUCCAAGGAACCUUCGUGACAGCAAAGUGAAGAGAAGGUUAGACUUUUCGAAUUUCGUUGAAGAGACGGAGAAGCGAGACGCGAGCCCCGACCCUUCAGAGCUUAGUACAAAUGGCGCACAUCAAAACUCACGAAUCUAUAGUACAAAUUACAAGGAGGAUAGCUGCGACUACGACGAGGUCGAGACGUCCAAGUGGCUAAGUAGAUUGCAUAGUACAAACGAUGAGGAUAGCAUAACCGAGCACGAGGAGGAGGAAGACGAGACUCUGUCGAAACUUUGCAAGGAUUCUUCGACUGUUGGCAAGAAGACUCGAAACCACCUCGGUAAAGACAAUGCGAUACCAGAUGAAGAUGAAACGGUGGACAAGGCUGUACCAACUGCUAUCGAACAAGAAAGAUUUCGACGAUCGUUGGAGAAUGCAGCCUCGAUGGUGUUUCACAGUAGAACCGGCUUACCACUGACAUCCAGCCCGGCUCCGUUGAGAAGAGGCAGCUGUUGUUUCGAUUACGAUAGCAGUCUUAAUUCUGUCUCCUCGAAAAGGAGUGCUCUGUUCGAACUAAACACACCACCAAGUCCGGGUGCAGUGUCUCUGGAAGAAACCGACAGAGAAGCCGAGAAUGCUGGCGAAGGGGAGGAGACACCGAAAAGACGAUCGACCUCGCGCAGUAGGCCGCAGAGUCAUGCUCUUUUAGGCAGCUUCGAGGAAUCAGCUUUGAAUGGUAGACUGGAACCUGUGUCCACCGUUCAUGGUUUCACGGCGGAACUAGGUGCCAGUGGUUCAUUCUGUCCAAAACAUCGAAAGCUUCCAGUCACUGUGUUCUUCUAUACGCUCGGUGACAAUGAUAAAGUUUCUACGCCCUAUCUCGCACAUAUUAAUUUGGGCAAAAAGGGCUACCAAGUACCAAGAAGCGGUACUAUUCAAGUAACGCUUCUCAAUCCUUUGGGUACAGUCGUUAAGAUGUUCGUAGUACUAUACGAUCUUUCUGAUAUGCCACCACGAUCUCAUACUUUUUUACGUCAGAGAACACUUCGGGACAAAACACUACGCUACCUCGUACAUCUUAGAUUUAUGUCCGGUAAGUCUGGCCGGAUUUAUUUGCAUACGGACAUUCGUAUGAUCAUCUGUCGCAAGUCAGACGUUGACACGGCGUCAGAUUUCGGGUCAGAGCCACCGAAGGAACUACGAAGCUACAUCCACGGCCCUACGAACCCGAAAUUUUCGCCAAGGUGCUGAGCCACGUGGCUCUUUCCAUGGGGUUGCUGUCAGUCACUCCGCUCGCCUAGUCCCCUUCGCGCAGAGGUUUAACAAGGAUCAAUUUGUUUUUUUUUCUUUGCCUGAGAUUUCCCUCAGCCACGCCGACUUACACGUAAAAAAGAAGAUUCAUAGAUCUUUGACAGAGAAACCUUUUCACCAUUACAAAAAUACAAAUCGUGAAGGAGGAAUUCGAUGGGAAACCUUUGUGGAAAUGGUCUUUUCGAGAGGAGGAAAGAUUGUAAAAAAAAGAUGUAUGGCUAGGUUGAGAAAGAUUUUUCUAGUGCAGUAUACUACAAAGAUUUUCCUUCAAAUUCUCACGUUACCUUCUCGUCUCAAAAUCCUAUCCAACUAAAAAUCCAUGAUCUCGUUUGAAAUUUCUGUGCAACAACGGAACUAAAAUCAAAGGAACCUUCACGAGCUGAUAAACCCUUUUCCUCUUUCCUUUGCGUGAGAAAAAGAAAGGAAUGAAAUUGCAAUCAAACUUGCAAACUUGACUCUAUACUCAACAAUUUGAGACUUUUUAUUUCUCCCUUCUCUCGAUACCUCAGAAAACCUUUCUUUAUACCUUCUUUAUACUCUUUCUUUCGUCUGAAAAGCAUGAAUUCAAAAUAUGAAUACAUUGGAUCAUUAAUGUACGCUUCUCCCUCUUUCGUUCCCUCCCUUUCUUGUUCCAGUUUCGUUUAAACGAUAACGAGAGCCUUGAUAUUUUGCAUAUUCUACGGUUGUGUUAAUUGUUUUUUUUUUCUUCUUCUUCUUCUCUU